AAAAAAAAAAAACAAAUUUCUAAAAUUUGUAAAAAAAGAUUGACUAAAAAAAAAACAUAUUUAAUAAAUUCUAAUUUUUUUCACAUGCAACAAUUCGAGGAUAAGUACAUGACAUUAAAUUAAAAUAAAAAUGAAAAUGAGUAUAAGGUGAGUUAAAGCAAUGCAGAACUUUAAUUUUAAGAUAAUGAGAAUUUAUCAGAUUAUUCUAUUAUAUUAAAAAAUUAGUAAGAUUAAAAUAAGGAUGAAAACUCUUCUAUAAAAAGUAACUUAAUCCUAGAUAUUUCAGAUUCUGUCGAAUUUUUAACUUUAAACGAAAGUAGUAAUGGAUAACAAACUUCCACAAAAUCGGAUUAAACUUUUAUACUUAAUUAAAGCUAGAAUUAAAAUUAGAUAUUAAGUAAUUAUUCUAUUGAUUAGUGUGCUUUAGAGCAUGAAAAUUAUAAUAAAUCAAAUGAGGCUCAGAAAACAUUAUUCGAGACAUUACUAUAAUUUGAAAGACUAUUUAAAGAACAAAAUAGUAAUAAUUAGCAGUAACCAAACUAAAAAAUGAAUUUCAAGUAAAGAAUGUAGCUAAAGGAGUAUGAAAAAAAAUGCUAAGAGUAUAUGGCUUCAUUAGAGCCAGGCGAUUUCCGUUUGGUAAUCGAAAAAAGAUUUUAGAAUAAUUAAACUAAAUAAUACUAAUUUCCAAGAAAAUUCUAAUGA